UAUGCGGUGGGUCCGCAAGUUGUAAGCAAUAGGAAGGAAGAUGAGUCCAUAGCUGGCGAUCUGAGCGUUUCGCCCUCGAGGAUGAAGCUUAUCCCCAUCGUUUCACUAGCUCUCCUGGAAUAUGAAAUUGCCUCACCCUUAGACCUAUCAGUGAUGGAGAAGCCAACGAUGGAUGCGGGGGGAGGGGGCAGCGGAGGGCACUGCCGCACCGGCACCAAGGAACACCGAUCGGUGAAUCGGGAUCUGUUCUGUGGGCAACGGACGGGGCCAUGGGAGAAUCAAUCCGGCGCCACGGAGGCGUCAAGAAUUCACUGUUCUGGUGUCCAAAUAUCUCACCUCAACGUUGGCUCGGGGCAGGGGAAGAGCCGGCCGGCGGAAAGCACGUUGUCCUGUGUCGUUCGGCCCUGUUGGAAAAAGGGAAAGGAAAGGAGAAAGCAGAGAACCGCUGGCUAGGGCCACUAUCUUGGUUGGGUGGAAACCUCCUUUGGAAGAUUUUAUCAAAUUAAAAAUGGAUGCGUCUCUACGGUUGGAGCCUACUCCAAUGUACUAGAUGAAGAAGGUCGAGGUCGAUUUUCAGAUCCAACGGGUAUCGGAGGUUUUUAGCACUGGUUGCAUGAAUCUGAUUACGGGAUGCGAUCUCUUAAUAGCAUCCCAAGAUUUUGACUCUUGGUGGUCUAGGAGAUGAUAAGGGAGAUCCGGGACCUGUCAUAAGGACAUUUAAUUUUUUUCAAGUUUGCAGAGAUCCGGGACCUGUCAUAAGGGAGCUUAUGUCCAAUUCCAAAGAUGGUGUACACAGAAAAAGGUUCUGUUGAAAGACAGCCGGAUAACCCGAGAUUGCUCUGAGGAUUCCAGCCCAGCCACAUCCAUUUGGGCAGCAUGUACAGAUAAAGGAGCAUUUUGAAAGGUGCGAUGGACCACCCAAGAUAGAACCAAGUUAUCUGGCCCUAUCAUUGCCAUGCAAAGGUUUCCAUUGUUGGCAAAGAUUUGAAACCUGUUGUUGUGUGUGAGUGGCCUUGAUGAUAAGUCGAGAAAUUCUAAUCCUCUUUUGAACUUAGCGGCAUGACGUGGUGCAAUGUGAAGUCUGUUUUCCAUUUUCUUGCUCAAAAGUUCCUUUUG